AUGGCGUCUCCUACCAGGAAAUGUUGUGUUCCACCAGGAAACGUCGUCCCCCUAAGAUCAGCGAUAUUAUUUUCCAAAAAAAAAUCAAAAGAAAAACCGUAUAUUGCAUACAUAGACACAGAUGACAUUGACAAGAUAUACGGGCAAUCCACAACUUAUCCUGUGAUUAUUUCGACUGAGAUCUCUACGUGGGUGACAGAGCUGCAAAAUACAGGUAGUUUUUGGGGUAUCCAAGCCUGCUGUAUUCAGUAUGUGGGUAGGCGCCGUGUGCGUACAAACUUUGCGAAUGGCUUGUACCGGCUCAUUGAGAUGGAUAACCUCGAGCUCGUGCGAUAA